AACAAGCAGAGCGUGAGCGCUACUUGACAGUUGCUGUCAGUCAAUGUCAAUGAAACAAUAUUUUAUUUGUUCCAGUUUCCAGAAAAAUCGUUUAAAUUCUAAGUUAUCAUAAGAAGUGAGAACUGUGUAUUCAGUGGGGAAACUCAGAAACUUCCACGACGGAGCCCGACCACAGUAGAUCGCUAAACAUGGAUGUGGACCAGCCGCUGGCAAGCUCAUCAGUGCUGACGACGUCCCUAGUGCUGCAGACCAUGCCCAAAAUUGACGAGAAUGUGAGCAGUGAGCACAAGCCGCCCAAAGAACGGAUCUUGGGCCUUCUGGAUCUACUGGAAACCCAUGUUGAAAAGCUGCGGAAAGAAGCUGCCCAGCUAGAAGAGGAUCGUGACCAGCUAUUGGUCACCCUGGACUCGGUGCGACACACCGAUUUAAUGAAUCAACUGGACGACAAUGAUGCUGAUGAUGUGACUCGCUAUGCUGAGCGGAUUAUGAGCCGCUGUCAAACUGUAGAAGUGCGCGUUCUCACCCAGAGAGACCAAAUGCAAGAAGAGGCUCUAUCUCAGAUCAAUUAUCUCAUAGAUGGUCUUGUUAUGGAUCUUAGAAACGACCACGAGGCAGCGAAGCAAAGAUGCGUUUCCUAUGUGAAUGCCUGCUCUUCCAUAAUGGUUGAUGGCAUAAUGGACAAAAAGUUUGAGUCAGCGCUACUUGGGUGCACUCUGGACGAUCAGAAGCGUGUGAAAAAGCGCUUGAACGGCCUUCUGCAUUAUUUUGAGCGACUGAGAGUCCAAAUGUUUGACUAGACUUGCCUCACGCGGGGUCCCGAACAGAUAUCCGGCGCUUGAAUGUGGAGAAAACUCUAAAUUGGCUUUGUACGUAUUAUUUUCACUAAAAAAAUCGAGUUAUCGAUUGCAAAAGUUAUUUUUUACAACCAAACGCCGGUUCGGCUUUGCUAGAGUUCAAUGUUCUAUUCUUGUAUAAGUAAUCUAUUCCUAGCAUUUCUGUGUUAUUAAUUGGUCAUUAUGGCUGGCCAUCUUUAGCCAUAGAAGGUCUAUUUUAGUUAUACUUAAUGGAAAAAACGUUGCAGUUCACGUGUUUUUCUUUACAGGCCCAAGUUUAAUGCAUUUACUUAGUAAAACUAUUGCGGCGGCUUUAUUAUAUUCUUUAUAUGCAUUAUUCACUAAUCCGGGUCUAGGUUGGGAUUGGGGAACAGGUUGUUAAAGUGAUCUGCAACACGUUUUAACUUCAAUAAAACAUCUUAUACUAUUGAAA